UUGGAAAAGUGUCGGAUGUCGGUGGUGCCAUGAUCAUUCAUGGUGUUGGAGGAGGGUUGGAUGGUUGUAGAGGUGUCUAGCCUCGGCGGCUACGAGAGGCAACCUUACCGCCGUGGAUGUUCAGAGCGCGCACCGACCGCCAAUCAGCAUCGCCAGCACCUCCAGCCAAGCCCCUCUGCGUGCAUGUUGCGACGCGUGUGGACUCAGAUUUGGCUGCCCCCCAGCUCCCAUCGCUUUCUCUCGCACUCUCCCCUCCUGCAAUUGCCUCCCUCUCUUCGCCCUACUCUUCUCGAAUUCUCCUCUUCCUCAUUGUGGUCGCCUUCACCCCUCCACUGCUACCCUCACUCGCUGUCCCUCCUUUUAUGCCCUUCUGCUCCACGGCCGUCUCGAUAUCCGAAAUCGAAUCCCGCCCAUACGCUACCCGCCGUCGACUGGAUCGCAACCGGGGAAGAAAAUAUAUAUCUUUGGGGCAGUUGGGAGAGAAGCAAGCUUCUGGCCAUACUUGGGACGACGGAGAGGACCCCUCUUUGCCCCACUGAGGUGGCAGGAUAGCUACUGAGAUUCGAGGCUUGACGACACCAUACUGCCGGGUAUCUCAUAGGAAACCUUCGUCAUGUCUCUAAAGCAGGAAAUCGAGACGUGGGUGGCAGCCCUCGCCCACUACGACAACAACGA